AUGGAUUCCUUCAUCGCGGUCGCGGGCUGGGCUCAGCAUGCCGGUCCUCAGCCGGGCUCCAGACCCUUCGGCCAUUUCAGGUCUCUCUCUUCCAUGGCUCGAUCUCCCUCACCCAGCCCCAAGGCUGUCAAAACCACCGGCAAAGCACCUUCCGUCGCCGAUGUACCGAUAAUGUCUUCAACACCAUCCUCUCCAUCGCUGCGGCCCAUGCCAGUAUCUACCCCUGACGACGACGGCGAACUCAGCACCUUGCCCGAUCCCCGGAGCCGGGCUAUGAGCCCGGCAAGCGAGGCCGACACCUCCCAUCACCCCGAUCUGAACGACGAGGUCGCGACACUAAGCACAAAACUCAUCAAUGCGAUUAACCACCAAACCACUCUGGACGACACAUUAACCGCCACGAGACAGGAAUUGGAAAGAGCCCGCGAGCAAAUCAAGCACUUGGAGGACCAGAAUGCAUCACAACGAGAAAUGCUCGCCGGAGAUAUUUGGGUGCGCCGGAAGGUCGUCGAGGAGGAGAAAAGGAACAUCCUGGUCCGCGUCCACCAGGAAAGGAAGUUGCGAGAAGACAUUGAAAAGGAAAAGAAGAAGAUCGAGCAGGAGCUGGAAAAUCUCACUACGGCGCUGUUCGAGGAGGCCAACAACAUGGUCAUCUCAGCUAAGGAAGAAGCUCGGCUGGAGCAGGAAGCCUUGCAAAAGAAAAACGACAACCUGAGGUCUCAGAUAGGCGAUAUGGAGACCCUACUGACCUCCCAACAACAACAGCUCGCCGAUCUCAAACACGUCAUGGAGCAGAUGGCGCUUGAGAGAGAAGAUUCUACCACCGGAACCGCACCGUCUUCUCCUGGCUUUAGCAAACCCGAGUUCAAGGACGACGAACGCUCCGAAGCCGCCCCGUCACCCCUUUUGGACCCGGCCUCGCCAACAUACCCACUCAGUCUCACUCAUCUCAUACAACCAGUCCUGCGAACAGACCUGGGCUCAUAUGAGGAUUUUGUCGCUCUCACCCGCACCUCCCGCAACCGCGCCGGCAGCCGCGUUUCUUCGGGCUCUCUUACUGGUCUCAGUGGCUUAGGCCUCGGCAUGGGCGGAAGCACCUCGAGCGCACACCCUUCCAACGCCUCAACGGCCUCGCUCUCAACUGCUGGAACUCCUGCGUCGUCGUCGCCGCAAACACCUAACACCCCCGCGUCAGUGUCUAGCACGGCUUCAUCCAACGUUGGACCACCGCUACCCGCACUGAAGGAGACGAAGUUCUUCAAGCGCGUCGUGGCAGAGGACGUAGAGCCCACACUUCGAUUGGAUAUUGCUCCCGGUCUCUCCUGGCUCGCUCGCCGAAGCGUUCUGAAUGCCAUGAGCGACGGAUCCAUCGUUGUCGAGCCUAUUCCUGCAAAUGCACCUUUUGCGUCUAUCGUUAAGCCGCAAUUCUAUCCCUGCUCACUGUGCGGUGACUCGCGUAAGGACGAGGAGCACCUGCGAACUUAUCGUUUCCGGACGAGCGAGUCAGAUUCAGCACAGCGGUACCCCCUUUGCAAAUACUGCCUAGGACGCGUGAGAUCCACCUGCGACUUCCUGAAUUUCUUGCGCAUCCUGAAGGAUGGCCACUGGCGUGCGGAUGACGAGGACGCGGAGAAGGCGGCUUGGGAGGAAAGUGUUCGCCUUCGGGAGCAGAUGUUCUGGUCUCGUAUCGGCGGUGGAGUCGUCCCCGCUAGCCAUUCCGUGGCGCCGGGACUAGAGAAGAGUCCUCGGCCGAGUCACGACGGCGAUGCCAACGAUGUUCAAGAGGUUUCUUCAGAAAAGGAAGAGGCAGAACCAGCUGCAACAAUUCCGGAGGUCUUGGAGACGCUCAAUGAAAACGAGACUACGUCGGAUGAUACGGAGACGCCGAAGGACCUCGCAGCCCCGCUUGCCAGGCCCGAGACCCCGAGUCCAAGUAUCCGCAACUCAACACAGAGCCUGUCUCCAGAAAAGGCUGCUGGUGAAGAGAAGGAUGGGGAGAAGCGUCUGUCUCUGAGCAUUCCCAACAACCAGGAAAAGCCUGCAGCCACUGCAACCGACUAA